CGCAGCACGGCUCUUUGGGCAAGUCAUCCGCCGGAGUGACACGUAGCCUAGCUUUACAACACAACUACACUCCACUGACAUAAAACGAGGCACAGUAUCACGCGUUUCCCAGCGAACACAGCUUGGGAUUUAUUUAGCGAGGCGGAUAGAGCCUCUUGCUAUAUGACUUUAAAAUAAACCACGUCAAUGCAAGCCAUUUGACCGCAUUUUUAAAUUCACAAUGUUUUUUAACGCAUGAACGCAAGCUCACAGCAUAAGGUGCCGCCUCCUCACAUCCGCAUUUGAAGUUCUGAACAUCAGUCAGUGUAACCUUCCGCCUGCGGUAGAAGUGCUGAGGCUGGGACCGCCGCCAUUUUGAAUGUCUGGUCCGUUCCUCCUUCCGUCGGUUGAGAAGAUUGCACCUGUUUUCUGGUAUCGUAACGGUUGAGGAUGCCAGCUCCGAUCAGACUGCGGGAGCUGAUCCGGACAAUCCGGACGGCUCGAACCCAGGCCGAGGAGCGAGAGAUGAUCCAGAAAGAGUGUGCUGCCAUUAGGUCAUCCUUUAGAGAAGAAGACAACACAUACCGCUGUAGAAAUGUGGCUAAGCUCCUUUAUAUGCACAUGUUGGGCUACCCGGCACACUUUGGCCAGCUGGAGUGCCUGAAGCUGAUUGCAUCACAGAAAUUCACGGACAAACGGAUAGGAUACCUGGGAGCCAUGCUGCUCCUGGAUGAGAGGCAGGACGUCCAUCUAUUAAUGACGAACUGCAUCAAGAAUGACUUGAACCACAGUACACAGUAUGUGCAGGGACUGGCCUUGUGCACCCUGGGCUGCAUGGGCUCAUCCGAAAUGUGCCGUGACUUAGCUGGAGAAGUGGAGAAACUCCUCAAAACGUCAAACUCCUAUCUAAGGAAAAAGGCAGCUCUGUGUGCAGUUCACGUCAUCCGCAAAGUCCCGGAGCUGAUGGAGAUGUUCCUGCCAGCAACAAAAAACCUGCUCAGCGAGAAAAAUCAUGGAGUUCUCCACACGUCUGUUGUUCUGCUCACUGAAAUGUGUGAGCGAAGUCCUGAUAUGCUCUCUCACUUCAGGAAGAAUGAGAAGCUGGUUCCACAACUUGUACGAAUCCUGAAGAACCUGAUCAUGUCAGGCUACUCCCCUGAGCAUGAUGUGUCUGGCAUCAGUGACCCUUUCCUGCAGGUGCGGAUAUUGAGGCUACUGAGAAUUCUGGGAAAGGGUGAUGAUGAUUCUAGUGAAGCUAUGAAUGACAUUCUUGCACAGGUUGCAACAAAUACAGAAACAAGUAAAAAUGUAGGCAAUGCUAUACUCUACGAAACUGUUCUUACGAUUAUGGACAUCAAAUCAGAGAGUGGACUAAGGGUUUUAGCAAUUAACAUUUUGGGACGUUUUCUUCUCAACAAUGACAAAAACAUCAGAUAUGUGGCAUUGACCUCUCUACUGAAGACUGUGCAGACAGACCACAAUGCUGUGCAGAGACAUCGAAGCACUAUCGUGGACUGCUUGAAAGACCUUGAUGUGUCCAUUAAAAGGCGUGCAAUGGAGCUGAGCUUUGCCCUGGUUAACGGCAACAACAUCCGGGGCAUGAUGAAAGAGCUUCUGUAUUUCCUGGACUCCUGUGACCCUGAUUUCAAAGCGGACUGCGCGUCAGGGAUCUUCCUGGCUGCAGAGAAGUAUGCACCCUCCAAAAGAUGGCACAUAGACACCAUUAUGAGGGUUUUGACAACGGCAGGGAGUUAUGUCCGGGAUGACUCUGUGCCCAACCUCAUUCAGCUCAUUACAAAUAGUGUAGAGAUGCAUGCCUACACUGUACAGAGACUCUACAAAGCCCUCCUGGAUGACAUCUCUCAGGUUAGAAUCAUCUUAACACUGCGUUUUCUUCACUGGACUUUAAAACCUGCAUUACUAGAGCGAAUGCCUAUUAUGGAGAAAACAGCCACUAACGGCCCAGCAGAGAUUGUCCAGACCAAUGGAGAAACAGAUUCAACCAUACUGGACACAAAACAUCUGCCCAGCAUCAUUCAACCAGCCAGUCAGGCAAAUGAUUUAUUAGACCUACUCGGAGGUAAUGAUGUGGUACCUGUUAUCCAAACAACUGUUCCCACAAAGCCUGCGUCAGCUGGAGGAGAACUGCUGGAUCUGCUGGGAGACCUUUUUCUGACAGGUGGUCCGACUCCCACCCCUGCUCCCUCUGUGACCUUGUCCCAGCCCCCUUUCCUUUUGGACGGUCUCACCUCGCAGCCCCUCUUCAAUGACAUUGCAGCAGGUAUUCCGCCAAUGACAGCGUACAACAAAAAUGGUCUAAAAAUCGAGUUCACAUUUGAGAGGGCCAACCCCAAUCCCAAUAUUGCAGUUAUCACCAUCCAUGCCACCAACUCCACCGAGGCUGACAUGACAGAAUUUGUGUUCCAGGCUGCAGUACCAAAGACAUUCCAGCUGCAGCUCCUGUCCCCCAGCAGUAAUGUAGUCCCAGCACUCAACCAGGGAAGUGUCACGCAAGUCAUCAGGGUUCUCAACCCACAGAAGCAACAGUUGCGAAUGCGGAUCAAGCUGACAUACACUCACAAAGGCUCUCCUGUACAAGACCUGUCCGAGGUCAACAAUUUCCCCCCUCAGUCCUGGCAGUGAUUUGCUACCCUUCUCUAUCUUAAAGACCCCCAGCAAGGGAACUAUGGGAAAGAUGUCCCCUCCCCAUUCUCAAAUGAUCCCCCGUGACGACAUCACAGAUCGCUGCCCUGGGGUUGCAUGGGAAGCAGUGGAAUCUUCCUGACACAGUCAAGAGUUGAUGGUAUGAAGACAUGAUGAUGAUGAUGAAGACAAUUACAGCGACAAUGAUGAAGAAAAAUCACAAAUAUCUCAAUACAUAUCUUUUCAUUUGUUUCUUUGCCCGUCUGUCUUUCUCUCUGCUUCGGGGUUAGUGCAAAAUGUCCAUGCUCACACUGUGCACUCUCACUUAAUCUGUCACUAUAGUGCACUCUGACUCACCCUGCCGCCCAGGGCCAAUACAUGGGAAAACAUCGCUUGUGGCCACUAUACAAAGGAGCUGCUUGUUUGAUUUGUCUGUUUUGUUAGAUUUUUUUUCAUGUUUUUAAUCUUGUUAAUGGGUUUGGUGUAUUUUAAGAAAGAAAAACAAAAAAAGACAUACUAAAUUAAUUGCAAAAUUCUGAACAUUUGCACCUUAACCAUUUCAGAAUCAAGAGGAAAAUGGGUUGUGAUGGCACCUUAAAUCAUCGUUGUACAUGGCAUUUCUUAAUUUUCGUGUAAGGUUGAUCUAAUGUCCUGUAAUAAAGUAUACCAGGUGAAUGCUCCGGAUACAAGCUAUGUUGUGGCUUACACCGUAUUUCACAUGAAACCGUUUGGCUCGUUGUCUGUCAGCAGUAAUGUACACACUAUCAGAUCUGUCAAGAAGUGCUUGACUUGCAUCACAUGAAUCAUCAUGACUAGGCAAGUUCAUACAGCAUCUAAAUGUCAUUGACAAUGAAACUGGAGGUGGAGGUGACUGAGAGAGAGGCUGUUGCUUGUUACGGUUUGCGCAGUUUACACCACCC